AUGAAUGAUGGUCUUCUAGAAAUAAAAAAAGAAAAAAAAUGUAUUAAUUUCUUCUUCUUCUUCUUCUUCUUCUUCUUCUUCUUCUUCUUCUUCUUCUUCAACUCCUCCUCCUCCUCCCCAUUUAUUUGUUUAUUCUUUUUCCCUUUUUUUCUUCUUCAUCUUCUUCAUCUUCUCCUUUCUUUCACUUCUUCUUCUUCUUUUUUCCUUUCUUUUCUUCAUUUUCCUCCUUCUUCUUCUUCUUCCUUCCUCCUUCAUUUCUUCUUUUUUUUCCUUUGUUUUCUUCAUUUUCCUUCUUCAUCUUUUCCUCCUUUCCUCUUCAUUUUUUCUUCUUUUCUUCUGCUUUUCUUUUCUUCUUCUUUUCCUCUUCUUUUUCUUCUUCUUUUUCUCCUCCUUCUUCAUUUCUUCCUUUCCUCCUCAGUUUUCUCUCCUUUUUUUUCUUCUUCUUCAUCUUCUCCCUUUUCCUUUCUUGUUCUUUUUUUUCUUUUUUCCUUCUUCUUCUUCUUUUUCCUUCUUCUUUCUUCUUCUUCUUUAAUUUCUUCUUCAUUUUCUCCUUUUCUUUUUUCUUUGUUUUCUUCCUUUUUCCUUUUCAUCUUCUCCUUUAAUUUCUUCAUUCUUUUCUUCUUUUUUUUUCUCCUCGUUUCUUCAUUUUUCUUCUUCAUCUUCUCCUUUAAUUUCACAUUCAUUUCUUCUUCUUUUUCUUUUUUUUUUCUUCCUCCUUCUUCUCCUUCUUCAUUCUUCUUCCUUCCUCCUCUUUUUUUCAUUUCUCCUUCUACUUCUUUCUUCUUCUCUUUUCCCUCCUUUUUCCUCCUCAUUCUUCUUUUUUUCUUCUUCAUCUUCUUCUUUUUCUUCAUUUUCUUCCUCUUCUUCUUCUUCUUCUUCUUUUUUUUCUUCUUCCUUUUUCUCCUUUUUCUUCAUUUUUCCUUUCCUCCUCAUUUUUCAUCUCCCUUCACUUCUUUUUCUUCUUCUUCUUUUUUUCCUUUCUUUCAUCUCCUUUGUUUUUGCUUCUUCUCUUCCUCCGCCUUUUUCCUCCUCGUUCUUCAUUUUUCUUCUUCAUCUUCUUCUCCUUCUACUUCUUAUCCUCCUCUUUUCUUCUUCUUUUUUCUUUGUUUUCUUCCUUCUCCUCCUUCUUCAUCUUCUUCCUUUACUUUUCAUCUCCUACUAUUUCUUCUUCUUCUUCCUUUUUUUCCUUUGUUUUCUUCAUUUUUUCUUCUUCAUCUUCUUCUUUCUUUUCUUAUUCAUUUUCUUCUUUUUCUUUUUUUUUUCUUUUCCUCCUUCUUCAUCUUCUUCUUUUUCUUUUCACAUUCUCCUUUCUUUUUUUUCUUCUUUCUUUUCCUUCAUUUUCCUCCUUCAUCUUCUCCUUUUCUUCAUCUUCUUCUUUCUUCUUUUCCUUCUUCUUCUUCUUCUUUUUCUUUUUCUUCCUCUUCCUUCUUCUUCUUCUCUUCUUCCCAUUCUCCUUUCUUCUUCUUCUUCUUUGUUUCUUCUUUCCUUUUUCCUUUUCUUCAUCUUCUCCAGUUACUCUUCACAUUCAUCUUCUUCUCCUUUUUUUCCUCUUCCUUUCUUCUUCUUUCUUCUUCUUCUUCUUCCUCCUUUCCUCCUUCUUCAUCUUCUUCUUUUUUUCCUUGUUUUCAUCUUUUUCCUUCUUCAUCUUCUUCCUUUAUUUCACUUCUUUCUUCUUUUUUUUCUUCUUCUUCUUCUUCAUUUCCCUUCUUUCAUCUUCUUCUUCUUCUUUUUCUUCUUCACAUUCAUCCUCUUUUUUUUCCUUUCUUUUUCUUCUUUUUCCUUCUUCAUCUUCUUCUUUUUCUUUCUUCUCUUUCUUCUUCUUUUUCCUUUGUUUUCUUCAUUCUUUUCUUCUUCUUCUUCUUCUUUUCUCCUUCACAUUCUUCUUUCUUCUUCUUUUCUUCUUCUUCCUCCUUCUUCCUUCUUCAUCUUCUUCCUUUCCUCCUCAGCUUUCUUCUUUUUUUCUUCUUUUCUUCUUUUCCUUCCUCAUUUUUCCUCCUCGUUCUUCAUUUCUUUUUUUUUCAUCUUCUUCUUCUUUUCCUUCUUAUCCUCUUCUUCUUCUUUUCUUCUUCUUUUCUUCCUUUUUUUCUCCUCCUUCUUCAUUUUCUUCCUUCUUCAUCUUCUCCUUUCAUCUCCUUCACUUCUGCUUCUUCUUUUUUCCUCCUCCUUUUCCUCCUUUCUACAGUUUUUUCUUCUUCAUCUUCUUCUUCUUCUACUUCUUAUUCUUCUUCUUCUUCUUUUUCUUUUGUUUUCCUCCUUCUUCCUUCUUCAUCUUCUUCCUUUCCUCCUCAUUCUUUCAUCUCCUUUUUCCUUUGUUUUUCUUCUUUUCUUCUUCAUCUUUUCCUCCUUGUUUCACAUUCAUUUUCUUCAUCUUCUUUCCUGUUUUCUUCAUCCUCUUCUUCUUCUUCUUCUUCUUUUCUUCUUCAUUUCUUCCUUCUUUCCUUUUCAUCUUCUUCCUAUCCUCCUCAGCUUUCAUCUCCUACUACUUCUGCUUCUUCUCUUCCUCCGCCUUUUCCUCCUUGUUCUACAGUUUUUUCUUCUUCAUCUUCUGCUCCUACUACUUCUUAUCCUCUUCUUCUUCUUCUUCUUUUUCUUCUUCUUCCUCCUUCUCCUCCUUCUUCAUCUUCUUCCUAUCCUCCUCAGCUUUUCUUUCUUCUUUUUCUUCUUUUCCUUUCUUCUUUUCCUUCUUCAUUCUUCUUUGUUUCUUCUUCAUCUUCUGCUCCUUCUUUUUUUUCCUCUUCUUUCUUCUUUUUUUUUCUUCAUCUUCUUCUUCCUCCUUCUUCAUCUUCUUCCUAUCCUCCUCAGCUUUCAUCUCCUACAACUUCUGCUUCUUCUCUUCCUCCGCCUUUUCCUCCUCACAUUCUUUCAGUUUUUUCUUCUUCUUCUUUUUCCUUCUUCAUCUUCUUCUUUUCUUCUUCUUUCUUCUUUUUUUUCUUCUUCUUUUUCCUUCUUUUCCUUCUUCAUCUUCUUCCUUCCUCCUUUUCAUCUCCCUCAUUUUCUUCUUCUCUUCCUCCGCCUUUUUCUCCUUUUUUCUUCUUCUUCUUUCUUUCUUCAUCUUCUGCUUUCUUCUUUCCUCCUCUUCUUCUUCUUCUUUUUUCUUCUUUCUCCUCCUUCUUCUUCAUCUUCAUUUCUUCUUCUUUCCUCCUUGCUUUUCUUUUUUUCUUUUCUUCUCUUCUUCUUCUUUUCCUCCUUUCUUCAUUUUUUUCUUCUUCAUCUUUUGCUUCUCCUUUCUUCUUCCUCUUCUUCUUCUUCUUUUAUUUCUUUCUUCUUCUUCCUUUCUCCUUCUUCUUCAUCUUCUUCCUUUUCCUUCUUCUUUCUUCUCCUUUAACUUCUGCUUCUUCUCUUCCUCCGCCUUUUCCUCCUCGUUCUACAGUUGUUUCUUCUUCAUCUUCUGCUCCUCCUACUUCUUAUCCUCUUCUUCUUCUUCUUCUUUUUUUUGUUUUCCUCCUUUUCCUUCUUCAUCUUCUUCCUUCCUCCUUCAGCUUUCAUUUCCUACUUUUUCUUUGUUCUUCUCUUCCUUCCUUCUUUUUCUCCUUUCUUUACAUUGUUUCUUCUUCAUCUUCUUUUCCUCCUACUUCUUUUCCUCUUCUUCUUCUUCUUCUUUUUCUUCUUCUUCUCCUUUCUUCUUCUCCUUCUUCAUCUUCUUCCUUCCUCCUUCUUUCAUCUCCUUACUUCUUUCUUCUUCUUCCUCCAUUCAUUUCCUCCUCGUUCUACAGUUUUUCUUCUUCAUUUUCUUCUUCAUCUUCUCCUUUAAUUUCAUCUUCUUCUUUUUCUUCUUCUUCUUCUUCUUCUUUUCUUCUUCUUCCUCCUUCUCCUCCUUCUUCAUUUCUUCUUCCUUUCCUCCUCAUCUUUCUUCUUCCUCUUCUUCCUUCUUUCUCUUCCUUUUUUUUCCUUUGUUUUCUUCAUUUUUUCUUCUUCAUCUUCUCCUUUUCUUUCCUCUUCUUUUCUUCUUUUUUUCUUUUUUGUUUCUUCUCCUUUUUCAUCUUCUUCCUAUCCUCUCCUUUUCAUUCCUUCUUCUUCUUUUCUUCUUUUUUUCCUUUUCCUUUUCUUCAUUUUUUCUUCUUCAUCUUCUCCUCCUUUUUCUUAUUCUUUCUUCUUUUUCUUCUUUGUUUUUCCUCCUUCUUUUCCUUCUUCAUCUUCUUCCUUUCCUCAGCUUUCAUCUCCUUUUUUUCUUUUUUUCUUUCUUUUCCUUCUUCCGCUUUUCCUCCUUUUCUUUCUUUCUUUUUUUCUUCUUCAUCUUCUUCUUCUCCUUCUUCUUCUCCUCUUCUUCUUCUUCUUCUUUUCUUCUUCUUUUUCUUCCUCCUUUUCAUCUUCUUCCUUUUCCUCCUUCUUUCAUCUCCUCCUUUUCUUUCUUCUUCUCUUCCUCCGCCUUUUCCUCCUCGUUCUACAUUUUUUCUUCUUCAUCUUCUGCUCCUCCUACUUCUUAUCCUCUUCUUCUUCUUCUUCUUUUUCUUCUUCUUCCUCCUUCUCCUCCUUCUUCAUCUUCUUCCUAUCCUCCUCAGCUUUCAUCUCCUACUACUUCUGCUUCUUCUCUUCCUCCGCCUUUUCCUCCUCGUUCUACAGUUGUUUCUUCUUCAUCUUCUGCUCCUCCUACUUCUUAUCCUCUUCUUCUUCUUCUUCUUUUUCUUCUUUUUCCUCCUUCUCCUCCUUCUUCAUCUUCUUCCUAUCCUCCUCUUUUUUUCAUCUUUGUUUUCUGCUUCUUUUUCCUUCUUUUCCUCUUCUUCUUUUUUCUUCUUCAUUCUUCUUUCCUUUUUCUUCAUCUUCUUCUUCUUUUUUUUCUUCCUCUUCUUCUUCUUCUUCUUUUCUUCUUUUCUUUCCUUUCUUUCUUCUUCUUCUUUUCCUUUUUCUUCUCUUUUCAUCUUUUUUCUUCUUCAUCUUCUCUUCUUCUUCCUUUUUCCUCUUCUUUUUUCUUCUUUUUUUCUUCUCUUCAUUUUUCUUCUUCCUUCCUUCUUCUUCUUUUCCUUCUUCUUCUUCUUUUCUUCUUUUUUUUUGUUUCUUCUUCAUCUUCUUUUCCUUCUUCAUCUUCUUCUUCUUUUCUCAUUCAUUUUCUCUUUUUUUCUUUUUCUUCAUUUUUCCUUCUUCCUCUUCUUCUUCUUACUUUUUCUUCUUUUUUCUUUUUUUUCUUCUGUUUUUCAUCUUUUCUUCUUCUUCUUCUUCUUCUUCUUCUUCUUCUUCUUCUUCUUCUUUUUCUUCUUCUUCUCCUUCUCCUCCUUCUUCAUCUUCUUCUUCCUUUCCUCCUCAUUUCAUCUCCUUCUUUUCUGCUUCUUCUUUUCCUCAUUUUUUUUCCUCCUUGUUCUACAGUUUUUUCUUCUUCAUCUUCUGCUCCUACUACUUCUUAUCCUCUUCUUCUUCUUCUUUUCUUCUUCUUCUUCUCCUUCUCCUCCUUCUUCAUCUUCUUCCUUUCCUCCUUCAGCUUUCUUUCUCCAUCUUCUUUUGCUUCUUCUCUUCUUCUUUUUUUUCCUCCUCGUUCUACAGUUUUUCUUCUUCAUCUUCUGCUCCUUCUACUUCUUAUCCUCUUCUUCUUCUUCUUUUUUUCUUCUUCUUCCUCCUUCUCCUCCUUCUUCAUCUUCUUCCCCAUUCCUUUUUUUCAUCUCCUUUUCUUUCUUCUUCUCUUCCUCUUUAAUUUCCUCUUUCUUUAGUUUUUUUCUUCUUCAUCUUUUGUUUUCUUCUUCUUAUCCUCUUCUUCUUCUUCUUCUUUUUUCUUCUUCUUCCUCCUUUGUUUCCUUCUUCAUCUUCUUCCUUCCUCCUCUUUCUUCUCCUUUACUUUCUUCUUCUUCCCUCCGCUUUUUUCCUCCUUUUUCUUCAUUUUUUUCUUCUUCAUUCUUCUUCUUUACUUCUCUUCUUCUUCUUCUUCUUUUUUUCUUCUUCUUCCUCCUUCUCCUCCUUCUUCAUCUUCUUCCUAUCCUUUCAGCUUUCAUCUCCUACUACUUCUGCUUCUUCUCUUCCUCCGCCUUUUCCUCCUCGUUCUACAGUUGUUUCUUCUUCAUCUUCUGCUCCUUCUACUUCUUAUCCUCUUCUUCUUCUUCUUCUUUUUCUUCUUCUUCCUCCUUCUCCUCCUUCUUCAUCUUCUUCCUUUCCUUCUUUCAUCUCCUCUUCUUCUUUCACUUCUCUUCCUCCGCCUUUUCCUCCUUUUUUCUACAGUUGUUUCUUCUUUCUUUCUUCUCCUCCUGUUUUCUUCAUUUCUUUCUUCUUCUUCUUCUUUUUCUUUCUUCUUCUUCCUUUUCUUCUUUCUUCAUCUUCUUCCUUCUCCUCCUUCUUCUUCUUCUUCUUCUUCUAUCUUUCUUUUUCUUCUUCAUUUUUCUUCCUUUUUCUUCAUUUUUUCUUCUUCAUCUUCAUCUUCUUCUUUUUCUUCUUUCUUCUUUUCUUCUUUUUUCUUCUUCUUUUCUUCCUUUUUCCUCCUUCUUCAUCUUCUUCCUUUUCUUUUCAUCUUUUUACUUUUCUUUUUCUUCUUUCUUCCUUUUCUUUUCCUCCUUUUUCUACAUUGUUUCUUCUUCAUCUUCUUCCUUCUUCUUCUUUUUCUCUUCUUCUUCUUCUUUUUUUCUUCUUCUUCUCUCCUUCUUUCCUUCUUCAUCUUCUUCCUUUUUCUCCUCAGCUUUCAUUCCCUUUUUCUUCUUCUUCUUCCUCCGCCUUUUCCUCCUUUCAUUUCUUUCUUUUUUUUCUUUUUCUUUUCUUCUCCUCCUUCUUCAUCUUCUCUUCUUCUUCUUCUUUUUUCUUUUUUUCCUUUUCUUUUCCUUCUUCAUCUUCUUCCCUCUUCUUUUUUCUUUCAUCUUCUUUUCUUCUUCUUCAUUUUCCUUUUUUCCUCCUUUUUCUUCUUCAUUUCUUCUUCUUCUUCUUUCCUCCUUCUUCUUCUUUUUCUUUUUCUUCUUCUUUUUCUUCUUCUUUUCUUCUUCUUCUUCUUUUUUUCAUUCUUCUUCCUUUUUCCUUUUUCUUCAUUUUCCUACUUCAUCUUCUUCUUUUCUUCCAUUUUCUUCUUCUUUUUUCCUUUGUUUUCUUCUUGUUUCUUCUUCAUCUUCUGCUCCUUUACUUCUUCAUCCUUCUUUUUCUUCUUCUUUUCUUCUUUUUUCCUUCAUCUUCUCCUUUUAUUUUUCUUCAUUUCUUCCUUUUUUCCUCCUUGGUUUCUUCUCCUUUUCUUUCUUCAUCUUCUCUUCCUUUUCUUUUCAUCCUCGUUCUUCAGUUUCCUUUGUUUUCUUCAUUUUCUGCUUCUUCCUUCUCCUUUAUCCUCUUCAUUUCUUCUUCUUUUUUUCUUCUUUUUUCUCCUUUUCCUUCUUCUUCAUCUUCUUUUAUUUUCCUUCAUUUUUUCUUCUUUUCCUUUGUUUCUUCUUCUUCUUUCUUCAUCUUCUCCUUUUCCUCCUCGUUCAUUUCUUCUUUUUCUUCAUCUUUUUCUUCUCCUUCUUUUAUCUUCUUCUUCUUCUUCUUUUCUUCUUCAUUUCUUCUUUUUUUCCUUUGUUUUCUUCCCUUUCCUCCUUCAUCUUCUCCUCUCCUUUCAUCUUCACAUUCAUUUCUUCUUUUUUUCUUUGUUUUUCUACAUUUUUCUUCUUCAUCUUCUUUUUAUUUUCAUUCCUUUCUUCUUUUCUUCUUUUUUCUUUUCUUCCUCCUUUCCUCCUUCUUCAUCUUCUUCCUUUCCUCCUCAGCUUUCAUCUCCCUAUUUCAUUUCUUCUUUUUUCCGCCUUUUUUCUUCUAUUUUUCCUUCUUCAUCUUCUCUCCUCCUUUCUUAUCCUUUCUUCUUCUUUUUUUUUUUUCUUUUCUUCUUCUUUUUCUUUCUUCAUCUUCUUCCUUUCCUUUUCAUUCCCUACUACUUCUUUCUUCUUUUUUCCUUUUCCCGAUACUUCCUUUACCAGAGCGCAUCUAUCUAUCUAUCUAUCUAUCUAUAAUAAUAAUAAUAAUAGCUUUAAGCGAAACUUCUCUCGUAUAUAUCCUAUCAUCUAA